ACGACAACACAGCGUGAAACAAAAAUGGAGCAAUCGGUUGGUUCACUGCAGGAACAAGCAUUAAAAAGGAAAGAAAGACUUAAAGCUUUGAGAGGUCGACAACUUCAAGUGAGAGAUGGAGAGGACGGGGAACCAGACAGGAAGAGGGACCGGGCCGAGGAGGAAGCUGAAGAGGAGCGACACAGAGAGCUGAAGCUGAGGAACUACACCCCAGAGGAUGAAGAGCUGAAGGAGAGACAGGUGCCCAAGGCCAAACCUGUUUCAGUGGAGGAGAAAGUGAAGGAGCAGCUAGAUGCAGCGAAACCAGAGUCAGUCAUCGAAGAAGUGGAUUUGGCCAACCUAGCCCCCAGGAAGCCUGACUGGGAUUUGAAACGAGACGUGGCGAAGAAGCUGGAGAAGCUUGAGAGGAGAACACAGAAGGCCAUCGCUGAACUUAUCCGUGAUCGUCUGAAAGGCAGCGAGGAGGAGCUGGCUGGAGCUGUAGGAGCCAUAGGGGUCACAGCAGAGGGGGACUCAGACUGACCCCUUAAUCCAGAGACGCACCACGCGAUCCUGGAUCUGACCCUACCAAUGUGUCGGUUCCUGUUCUGUUCAGCUGAAUGUUUGUUGUGGGAAUCGGAGGCUUUUGGUUUCUGUAGCUGUUAAAGCUAUUGGGGAGUGAAUAUGCCAGUUAGAUGUGUCACCUUGAUGACUUCUGAACUCCAGUCCUAGUACGUGUCACAAAUGACAUCCUAUUCCCUAUAUAGAUCACUACUUUGACAAGUAGUGUGCUAGACAGGGAGUAGGGUGCCAUUUGGGAUGCAGAGCCUGUGUGAAAGUCCGACCAGGCUUUGUCAGUGUAGUGCUAGCUAGAGGAUCAUUGGGGGCUGUUGUAUACAGCUGUUGUAAGGAUCAUCU